CUCGGUCAUCACCACCAAAUAGCCUCAACUUCAAUCCUCCCCAGCCCGACCCAACCGAAAUCACAACAUCAUACCCGCACGCACGCACGCAAAAAUGACCAGCAAGAACGUCGUCUUUGACGUAGUCGGCACCUGCGUCUCCUUCGACGCCUUCUACGAGACGAUCCAGCAAACCCUGGGCCCGCAACUGGCGGCGCACAGCCUCACGGCCCAGACCCUGGGCUUCACAUGGAUGACCAACGCGGAGCUGCAGUUCACCUUCCUGUCCAUCUCCGAGAGCUACAAGCCCUACAAGCAGGUGCUGACGGAGCUCUUCUACCAGACGCUGUUCAUGAUCGGCGUCGCCAACCCGACGGGCUUCGCGACCCCGGCGCAGCGCGACGCCUGCGUCGAGGGCUACAGCGCGCUGGCCCUGCGGCCCGGCCUCGCCGAGUGCUUCGCCACCCUCCGUGCCGCCGGGUUCACGGUCUGGUGCCUCACAACGGGGGACACGCAGCGCGUGCGCGGGUACUUCCUGCGGGGCGGCGUCGACAUGCCCGCCGAGAAUUUCUUGAGCUGCGAUACGGCGGGCGUGGCCAAGCCGGCGCUCCGGGCGUAUCGGCCCGCGCUGGAGGCCUUGGGGUAUGCUGGGGGUGAGGAGAAGCCGUGGUUCGCGGCGGCGCAUUUGUGGGAUGUGGCGGCGGCAACCAAGACCGGGUUCCGCGGCGCGUAUUGUACGGUCUACGAGGGUGAGCCGUGUUAUCGGGUCUUUGAGGCCGGGUUGGAUGUUACGGCGGAGGAUUUGGUCGGGAUGGCGGAGGGGAUUGUGCGGGCGACGGAGGGGAGGGAUGAGUAGGGGGUUUUGGUUGGUGGCAGGAGAGGAGGUUUGGGUGUAGGGGGUCAUAGAUCUUAGAUUUCAUUUUUCUUUUUUCGUUGUUGUUUUUGGGUCUGUGUAUAAAGCAUCAUG